AUGUGCACCAAGAUCCAGCUCAUCUUGAACACCCUUGACCAGGAGAGCGCGAAAGCGUAUGAAAAGGAGAUCGUCCAUGGGAUCGAAACCUCUCUCAGACGAGCGGAACGGGAAGUACUCUUUCUCUGGAGGAGUGUGAUGAACGUCUAUCGAACAACAAGCAAGACGCGCUGGCAGAUCGCUGACGACAAGGACUGGCAAGUCGUCGAUGAGCGUCACGAACUGCAGCUGUAUCUCAAAAUUAUCCCAUACCGACUGAAUCUCGAAGUUGGAAGGCCGUGUACAUUUGCUUGCAAUGUAACUCACAUCAUGCCUGCUCACCUCCAACUCGAGUAUAUCAGGGCUGUGAAGCGCUCAGAUCUAUCCCAUAUUCAAGACAUGCUCUCAAGUGGCGCUUUGUCAUUGUAUAGCGAAAAUGAAUAUGGUGCAUCCCUUCUCCAUUUGGCUGCGUCCCACGGAAACAAAAAUACGAACCGACCCGUCUAUUCGGAUGAUCGCGCGCGUCUUGACCAAUUCGAAUUCGCUGAGACCUUCCAAGAGUGGCUGUCAAUAGUCGAGUCGUGCGGUCUCGACCAGCGAACCUAUCUGGAACAUCUUAUGCCUUGGUUUGCCGAUUACAUGGAAGAUGGGGAUCUGAUAGGCAACGGUGACAAUGCUCGCUUGCAACAAUUCAUCCAUGUGAGGUACGAUGUGACGUACGGAUCAGUUAUGGGACCUGGAUGGACAUGGUGGGUUGAUCCUGACAGCCCAGCAGGCCUUGUUCUGCAAGAGUUCCAAUGUUUUGAUGUGGCCAUUGUGUCUUGGAAGAACAUAUUAUCAUGGAAUGGAGGAAGGUUGAACGACUUUGCUCCUCGAGCCACUGACGGCGUCAUUUGGCCGACAACUCUUGAAAUGUGGGAACAGGUCAUGGAUACCACCAGGGGUUCCUAUACUGAGAUACGUGAAGCUAGACAGCUCCGUGACGCAAGGUUUGCACGGCGCCAAGCAAAGAAAGACAGGAAGGCAGGGCGAACUAGCAAAGUUUGCAAGAUGCCCGGAUCCUGGGUAGAUUGA